CACCUCCACCUCGUGUUCUAAUACCACGUAAUGCAAGUGUUGAACCUAGGACGGAUGCAAUACUUACAUGUAAUAUAUUUAGUUUACACGAAAAUAUUGAUGUCCGAUGGUAUCGAGGUUUAGAUCCAAGAUUUGAAUUAAAGAGUGGACGUCGUCAUACAAUUAAAUUAAAUCAAGAUACGCCGGCUGGCGGUUUAACAUCAGCUUUUACAAGUACAUUAACAAUAAG